AUGGAAACUGUAUCCACCUAUGCUCUAAAGACGAGAAUGGCAACGUGCAUGUCAACUUAUUAUGUGCCAAGGCUCUGUGGUGAUUUCCUUCGAGCUGAAUUAAGCUCUGCUGUCAUUAAAGCGUUAGGAAUCGAACUAAAACGCUGCGUCUUUUGGACUGACUCUUGUGUGGUUCUAGGCUGGCUCAGAUCUCCCGAUAAAACCAAAACAUUCGUAGCAAACAGAGUCGCUGCCAUAGGCGAACUCACCGACCCAAAGGCUUGGCACUAUGUUCCCACUGCUGAAAAUCCCGCUGACCUCGCCUCACAAGAGGUCAAUGAUUCAACUAUAUGGUGGCAUGGCCCUAUGUUCCUCAUGCAACCUGAGUCAUCCUGGCCAAUCUUAUCAGCUAGCAAUGAAGUCAACUUACCUGAAAUAAAAGCGAUGCACGCUUUGGUGGCGGAGGAUGUACCUGCGGUACCCCUAAACUUUCAAAAAUCUUCUAAACUUACUACUCUUCAAAGAGUCUAUGCUAGAGUCUUUAGAUUCAUACACAAUUGUAAAAACAGUAAUAAUAAGCUGACGGGAACUCUACAAAUUCAUGAACUAGAGAAAUCCAUGACUGUUCUCACUAAAAUAGCUCAAAAUGAAUCCUUCUCAAAAGAAAUAAACUCUCAACAGGCUAAGAAAACCCUCAAGACGAGCACUCAUCUCUGCUCAUUAAAUCCCUUCCUAGAUAAGAAUGGCUUACUUCGUGUUGGAAGAAGAAUUGACACCUCUGCCUACCCCUAUGAUAAAAGACAUCCCAUUGCUCUAAUGUCAAAUCAUUAUCUCACUAAGCUUAUUUUUCAGUAUGAGCACAUCCGCCUAUUGCAUGCCGGACCCCAGCUUCUACUCUCCUCUAUUCGAGAGCGCUAUUGGCCUAUAGGAGGUCGCAAGCUCGCACGAGAAGUGACAAGAAAUUGCUUAGUUUGUCGUCGCUUCCAAGGCGACACAAUGUCUAAUAUAAUGGGCAACUUACCUGCUGAUAGGGUAGAGCCUGACUUUCCAUUCAGUACUGUUGGCACUGACUUUGCCGGUCCAUUCCUAAUAACAGAUCGCAAAGGACGGGGAUGCAAGAUGAUGAUGAUGUUCUCGCGCAGUACGCGCAGCCACAAGUGCACUCUCUAUUCCUAUCACUCUUAUACUCCGGUGGAACGACCACUUGGCCCGACCCGGGACUCGAACCCAGGACCUCCGGGUGUGCAACCGUACAUGCUAGCCACUACACCACCGAGGCAGUUAAAGAUGGAUGGAAGGAUGCAAGAUAAC